UUAUUGUGCAAUCGUCGAGUCAUAUUCAUCGCCAUACAGAAUUUGAAAUGCACUUCUUUGGUGUUUGACAAGAAAGUAAAUUGUAUCUUGUUUCGGAGAUCAAAACAUGGAUACCACCACAGGCACUGAACAUCUGCCUGAUUGCUGGGAAGAUGAUGAACGAAUGGGGUACCUGUUUUCUGGAUUUCGUGAGAAUCGGCAAGUGAAUCCUCGAGAUUGGGACAACAAGAUGAAAUUCUGGUCAGAGCUCAUCUUGAAAUAUGGAAAAACACAGAAAACUCUACUGUUUUCAUUGGAAGAUUUGACACAGAAGUUUAGGAGAAAAGGAGUUGUUCCGCAGUCCAUCGGUGCAGUGAUGAGAGAAAUGAAUAGAAAUGGUCAAAUGGUUAGAGCAGAUGAUCUAGAAGCAAGUACAACAUGGUUGUCAUGGGGAGUCAACACAUUUGUUAGAAAACCUGUGAGAUGGACGAUGGCCUCUCUCUUCCAACAGACGAACGAGCCCCCUGUAGGAAACUUUGUAGCUGUGGAAUUAUUGAAGGAGUUUGGAGAAGCUUUUCUCAAGAGACAUCAUGAGAAUGUCCAUUGCACCAGCACCGAUCAUGUAGUGGACUACUCCACGUUCAAGCAAGAGUGCGUUGACCUGUGUCAGGAUGACGCUUCUUUUGAUCUUGUCCUUCUUCAUCUUCAGAGGACGAAACAGGUUCUGGUAACAACAGAUGACAAUACAAAGGUAUUAAAAUUUGCAUCUAAAAGCCAGAAAGCUGUGUCUCCAGUGACAUCUGUGGAGCUUGGAACUCUAAGAUUAAAGAAGACAAUCCUUUCAAUGCAGUUGACAAUAGAGAGACUCUCAAGAGUAGUGGAACAAGAAGAUAAAGAGACCAGACAACAACUCAGAAAAGGAAAGAAAACAUCAGCCAAGAAUGCACUGAGAAGGAAGAAGCUUGCUCAGAAGAGAUUAGCAAGUGACGAAUCCACCCUAGAUGCCUUACAGCAGCUUCAAGAGAGACUCGAGUCUGCUGAGUCUGACAAAAUGGUAUUGGAAGCAUACAGGUCUGGGUCAAAGGCAUUAAAGAAAACAUUUGAUGACAACGGCCUCUCACCUGAAACGGUGGAUGAUGCAGUGUCGGAUGUUCAAGAGGUCAUGGAAAUGUGCAAUGAGAUUGACGACACCAUGGUGAGAGGGAACAAGUCCAUCGAUGAUACGGUGAGCUUCGGUGCAGACAUAGACCUGGAGCUUCUGGAAUCGGAGCUGGAAUCGCUCAUCAGUGGUGAUCUAGAUGUGUCAGUGACCACUACUCCAUCCAAAUCAACAGAACAAAGUAAAAGCACUGCCAAAGAUACAAGUGGAAGUAUGCUGGAUCUACCAGAAGUGCCUUCAGCGUCACCCGCUGAGCUGGAUACAUCCUUCAAAGAAGACAAUACAAGUGGAAGUAUGCUGGAUCUACCAGAAGUGCCUUCAGGGUCACCCGCUGAGCUGGAUACAUCCUGCCAAGGAGAUAGUAUACGAAAGAGCAUGCUGGCAUCAUGACCAGUCUUCUUUAGAGGAAUCAUACACCAACAAAUACUGUGCUCUGAAUGUUUAGGGUUCUGUGCAAGUAGUGCAUAUUAAAAAUAACUAAAUUGAUAUUGUGUAAAGUUUUUCUCGGGUCUUGGUCUUAGAAUUGUAAGCCUCAAGUACAGCUUGAUAAAUGGGUUGUUUUAACGUGAAAUUUCACAAAACUUGCUGAAAAUCUACAACACAGUACAAUAACAGUACAAAUUUCCUUCACUUGCUUUUGAUUAUUUUGUUGUUGUCAUUUAUAGAACAAAAGACU